AUGCAAUCCAAUCCGCCCCACGGCACUGCCCGACGACGUCGGUCACGGUCGUCCUCUGACACUCGUAACGGGCCAGAGCAAGCGUCAAGUACUUCACAGCAUGCACGGCGCAGGAGGCGUGAUCCGGUAGAUGACACAACGCUUCAGCGCAUAUUAGAUCCCUCUCACCACGCCGGCGUCGGCCCCUCUAAGCGUUCGCGCCAGAAAUCUGAGAAUGCUGACGACAAGGACAUCGCACAAACUCUACACAACUAUGGCGCAGUAGCUGUCAUGGUACACAACAGCGAAAGUCCAGAUCCACAAGCGAAUGAUAUCUGGCCGCACUGCCGCAGUUCAGACAAGCUACCCGCCAAGUACUAUCUUCUAGACCCGAGCAAACGGAAUGCAUCUGAUAGUAAGCGUCAGUCGGCCAGGGCUAGUGAGAGCACCCCGCCAGCCCGCAGCCCGCAGCCAGAGACGGGCCAUCUCUCUGCAAACGCCCCAGUUGGCCGUUCAGAGUGGAAGCUGCCCGUGGAGCUGGUAGAGUUGAUUGCAGAAUACCUCAAUCGUGACGAUAUCAAAGCACUGCGUCUUGUCAGUCGCGAGCUCAACCGCAACGUCUCGCAAGUCAUAUUCCAAACAGUCGUCGUCCCGUUCAACACCGAAAUCUACGGAAUGAUAGGGAAGGAAGUAGAGCCAGACUUGAAAGGCAAGAAGCCAGCGAGGAUUGGGCAACCCAAUUAUUCCUGGAAAAAUGCCAACGGCGACGAAGUGUACAACGGUCAUGGUCUCGACGUUUUCCGUGGCUUUGGGAGACACAUCCGGAAGUAUGGAAUGAGCUUUGAAGUCAGCGAAGACUCGCUCGCGGCGCCGCCUGUCAAAGUGCUGACUGAGAACAAAACAAGCUUCUGGGGUAGAUACGAUUGGCCCUUUGAAGAGUAUCGCCGAUUCGACGCUGUCGCUGGCCUGGAAACAACCGCCGACGAAACGCCGCGGAUGAAGACUGCAUUCUCCGAGCUCACCAAAGUGAAAGAACUUGCCCUCUCCGUCGACAGCGGACUGGGCUGGCUCAAUGGGCCUGACAAAUCUAUACGAGCACGCAUCUUGUGUAAGCCUUUGAGCGUUUUUGGCACAACCAAAGCAACUCCCGAUCGUAGAGCGCAAGCUCAGCAAGAGCUUUGGAGACACAUUCAAUCAUACCACCAGAAAGCCGACAGUGACAUAAGACAUGCGAUGCUCUAUAAAAUAAAUGGGCACUGCACUCUGUCCGAACUGAAAGAAGCAGACAUGCUGGUCGACGUAGAGCCUGAAAUGCCCUACUUAGAUCCUCAACUGAUACACGAGGCAACUCCUCACGAUGUAGCUGAUAUUGCCGUACCCACGUCUCUUGAAGACCCGUACAUCUUGGAGCGCUUCAUAUCAGCACCGUCAUCCCUGGGCACCGGUGUUUUGUUCACAUCGACCACCCCGCCACCUGAUGCGGGACAGCUUGUGAAUCCAGUCAUACCCGCCAACCUUACUAAAGCUCAACAAGAAUGGCUUUUGGAGACGGAGUGGGCCCAACGCGCUUUCAUGUCUUCAUACAUGCUCUCCAUCAUCGAUAACCGGCCCACAUUCUACGCGGUACAUAGCUUGAACAUCUCAGGACUCUCCGAUCGUUACUUGCCUAUGCUGAAUCGUACGGAUUUUUGGGAUGCAUUGCCCAGUCUUUGGGACGUCACUCUCAUGGUGAUACCAGGAUGGCGAACCGUUCACAAAGACGAGGCCGGCUUCGUUGCGACUGCCCCAGUCAACCCUGUUGAGAGUGCCAUUGCCUUUUAUACCUUGCUUCGUAAACAGAUCGCUCCCCGCCCAAACAUUCGAAGAUUGACUCUCGGCUGGACUACUGGUGGUGAGCAUGCCGAGGGACUGCAUGCCAGAAACAAACACAUAUGCCCUGCCCCUUUCAUCAAUUUGGAGGAGCUCAUGGAUCGUCGCUUCUCCUUGACUCCGGCAGCCCUCUUUAGGGUCGAUGCAGCUCGCAUGAGGUCAUGGCUCAUUCCGCUGUUCAGUGUCGAGACGUUGAGGUUGAAGAAUUGCUGGAUCACCCCACAGGCGCUGCUACAGUUUGUUCAGAUACAUGAUCUGUAUCCCUUGAAGGAGUUGGUGCUCGAUUCAGUUUCACUCAUGGUCAUGCCACAUCACAACGCCCCGCACGUCCCAGUAAACUUUGUACAUGUGCCAGCAGCAGCACCUCAGCAUGCCCCUGCUCAAGUGGGAAUAGCCGCGCCAGGGGGGCUCGUCGGUGGUCACUUUGCCCAAUUUGUACCGCCCCACCAACAGCUUCUACAGAUGUAUCUGAAUGCGCUCCAUUUUCAACUUCAGCAACUCCAGACGAAUCCUGGCGGGCUUCAGCAAAAUCAUAUUGCCACCCUGCAAUUGGCGGUGCAGCAGCUGAUGCUCAACCCAAACGGACAACAUGUUCCUGUUCCGCUACACAUACUCAUGCCACACCUACAGCAUCAGGCAUUGCAGCCUCACCCAAACGUUCCAAUGACCACUCACAUUGCUGCGCAGGUACACCAUUUGCAAAACCAGAUUACAGCGGGUCAGAACAAUACCAUAGCACAACAGCUCAUAAACGCUGGGCAUGUGCACAACCCAGCCAUUGCAAAUGUUCGGUAUACGCUCACGUCAAAGCCGCGCCCAGGAUCUUGGAUGGAAAUCAUCGACCAGAUCUCACCAGGCAUCAAUCUCUCCGACUUUGGGUCUAUUUUCUCAAAAGCCAACCGUGCGCGCAGGACCUAUCUUCGGCAAAUCGAGUUCAUCUCAUGCGGUUACGGUAAAUUCACUCAUGGAUCAGCAGACCACAACGCUGUUGAAGUUGGCCAUCGCCACCCGUGGUUCACCAGGCGCAUGGUCGCUCUAUCACCUGCAAUGAUGAGUGCCAAGUGGCCUUGGCUUGGUGAAAUUAUACAAGAAGUCGAUCCCUCAGAGCUCGCCGCGCUCGACGCUGGCUGGAACUUGCGGACUGGUUGGGAGGAUAGCGAAGAGGCGUACGCUGUCGAGUUUGAUGGACUCCUGCCUGGUGGCACGGGACGCUUCACAGGCAUCAUACGGCAUUCGGAUAGGAUGAUGGAAGAGGUUUCUACAAACCUCGGCAAUCUCACCUUGUGACCUGAAGAGAUGGGCUUCGGGUACUAAGCGUUUCGGGGCAGCAUCCACGGAGUGUCAGGCCAUGUGUCUUCAUGUGGACUGUGAGACAGCAUGCAUAGAGGCAGCGAAUGAAGCAUUACUUUUCUCUCUUUGGCCGCCAAGUUACUCAUGUGUC